AUGAGUCUUCUUGGUGACAUUGUCGAACACGGCACCGCCGAGGCCACGUUGCCUGAGUUGUCUGAGCACUCUCAAAAGACAGGUUUCCCUGAGUUGAGGAAAUUUGAUAUCCCAAAACAACCAUCUCGGUUUAAGAGUAAAGGGUCUGCUAAGAAACCUCAACCUGAGGUACCCGAAGAGCCAAAAGCACCUGCUAAGGAAUCCACCUCGACGUCGCAGUCAGAGCCAGUGAGUGAAGCUCAACGUAUCCAUGAGGAAAACCUCAAGAAGAUAAUGCAGUUAUCUCCAGAUCAAUUCAUCAGUGAAAGAGAUGAGCUCUUACAGGGCCUCGAUCCUAAGCUUCUUGAAGGUUUAAAGAAAAGAGCAGAGAAGAAGGAUAGUAAACAUGUGCAUGCUGAAGGUCAUGAUGGCUGGAUUGGCGGUGGCAAGAAUGGCGUUGAAUUACCACAUCUCGACACCGAUGAAGUGAACAAGGCAUUGGGUAUCAAGUCUGUUAAGUUUGACGACAAGCCUGUUGAACAUCAAAUCAUGGAAAGUGUUGAGUCUGACGAGGAGCAUGAUGGACCUGAGGAGGAAGGAGAUGAUGAGAUUGCGCCCGAUGAUUACCAGAUUGCACCUCCGGAAGAGCAUCCUCCCAUCGAAAUGCAUUUCCCCAAGCCUAAGGUCGCCAGCGAAGAUCCUGACAUGGAUAUUAACGAUCCUGAAUUCCUUGAUAAGCUACAUGAAAAGUACUACCCGGAACUUCCUAAGGAAACUAACAAACUUGCAUGGAUGAAAGAUCAAGGUCCUCAGAAACGCAGCACGACAUAUGAAGCUAUUAGUGAUAUGCGUUUUGACUUCAAGGGCAACUUGAUCGAACUAGAUGAUAGCAAAGCGGACAUUCCUACUCAUUUGGGACUUCAUCAUCACUCGGCUGACCCUCAUAUGGCUGGCUAUACUCUUGUGGAGUUGGCUCACUUGGCCCGGUCUGUGGUACCUACGCAAAGAAGCAUUGCUAUACAGACAAUUGGUCGUAUUCUUCACAAGUUAGGGCUUCACAAGUAUGAUAUCAUGCCUCUACAAGAUGAUGGGGACGGUAACCCCGUUGCAGAGGAGGUUGCAACCCUCAUGAACGAAUUUGAACUUAUGAUGUGGGAUUUGAUAGACCAGCUUCGUCUUACUGAAACGCUCACCGAAGCUGCAGACGAGAAAAAGACAAGAAACCUUUCAGUGAGGAACUAUGCCAUUGAAGCGCUUUGGCUUUGGAAACAAGGUGGAGGAAAACCAAAAGAUAGCAGACGGACUGAAGAGGAAGUGAUCGCAGAACAAUUACAGCAAAUGUAA